GAUAAUUCCAAUAAAAACGAAGAAGAAGUGUUUUGAUACACUUUCACUCCCUUCUCCUAUGCUCUUCCACAUUCCCAAUUCUCCCUCUCAUUCUUCCAGGUACACGCCCUUUGACUUGUGAGGGGGAAAAAGUUUUAAGGAAAGAAAAAAAAAACCUAAAUCACGGAAGAGAUUCUGCAGUCCUACUAGUUUGGCAAGUUCUCUGGGCUCAAAGCAGUGUAGAAAGGCGGAGAAGAGGGCAGAAACUCAAAUUUGCGCACAUUUAUACACUUCUCCUGUCCCGCAGACGAUAUACGAAAAAGGAGUCAUGGAGGCUGCCAUUCAGACCGUAGUGAAGGUCUUCCUGAAGUCGACCAAGGGAAGGGAGAGUCUAGGACCGAAAGAGUUCCAGGGCCUCGUCAAGAGCCAGCUCAGCAACAUCCUGUCGGACACAGACAGCAAAGAGGCGGUCAACAACAUGGGCCAGGGACUGGAUGCCAACCAAGAUGGCAAGGUUGGCUUCGAGGAGUACAUGAAACUGGUCGGCUACCUGGCGGUCUCUCUCAGUGAUCAGCGUUCGCUUGCCAAAGAGGAGCCUGCCCAAAACUCUGCGUCCGAACAAGUGGCACAAAGCACCCCGGACAAAGAGGAAGAGAAGCCAGAGGCAAACGCAGAGGCAAAGGAGGAAGCAAAGCCAGAGGCCAAUGAAGAGGCGAAGGCAGAAGCAACUGCAGAAGUAAAGAUAGAAUCAAAUGCAGACGGAAAUGUAGAAAUUAAGGUAGAAGCAAAGGCUGAGGGAGAGACGCAGCCCGAGGCAGCAAAGGAGGAGGAGAAGCCAGCAUUGGUAGUGGAAGAGGUCGUGAAAGAGGCGGAGAAGGUGGUGGAGACAGAAAAGGUAGAGGAAGCCACGAAGGAGGCGGCUGCAGCUCCAGAGGAAGAUGGGGAAAAGAAGACAGAGGAGGCGACCUCAUAGGGGACAAUCCAUUGCUCUAUCUGAAUCACAUUACAUGCUUACAUUCAACAGUACACAAAAUACAGCAUUGCUAAAAUAAGUUGGCAUACAAAAUAUCAGUACAGUAAACACUCCAAACCCAGCUCUGAAGAAACCCUAGUCCUCCUAUAUGAUAAAUAAUACAUGUACAUGACAUUAGAGUUAUUGCUUUGUACUACUACUUACCACUAUGUUCAUAUGUACAGCAUGUGCAUCCCACUAUAUAGCACAUUUACCUCAUUAUGAUAAUACUAUGAUAGCAUGCAGAUGUUCACUAUCAUGUGCAUGCCGUAUCCCUGUGAAAACCUUAAUGCAAAAUAUGAUUCCCCCACUGCAGCACACUGACAUAUGACCUCAUUGUCACUGUGUGUUAACACACCACUGCAGACAAGGGGUCUAGUUUAAAUCCCGUCCUCUCCCCACUUUUGCCUCUGUCUGGGUCUUUUCUUCUACAGUUGUGCCAUGCAUCUGCAGUAUACACCUUACUGAGCACUAAUGGCUUAAAGGAAUAGUUCGGCAUUUUGGGAAAUUUGUUUAGUAGCCCUUUUGACAAGACUUAAAUGAGACUCAACUGCCACUUUCACGUGUCAGUUGAAUAUGAUGCUACACCGGGUAGCCUGUUAGCUUAGCUUAGCAUAAAGACUGGAUACCAGAGAAAACAGCUCACCUGGCUCUAAUUAAAACAUUAUACCUUGUGGUUUACUUUCUUGCAUAGAUGUUGAAUGCUGAACUAUUCCUUUAAUGGCUGCAUGGAAAUUCUGUCAAUAACACCUUUCAACUCACAAUGCUCUGGAGCUGAUUUGGCAUGACAAUAAACAAAUUGUUUUGCUGAGGCAUUGCAUUACUGAAGCUCAUCUUUGUGUAUUUCUGCUCCAUCACACCUUCUUCUACCCAUCUUUGUAGUUUAGAGUGCAGGCUUUCUGCUGUCUCUUUCCCAGAAUAGUCAGCCAUGGAUUAGGAACUGGAAGAUCAGGUGUGGCCUUUGGCUAAAUAAUUAAGAUUCAAGGGUGGAAUUCACACCAAACGACCCUUACGGUCAAAGGGGAAGCCAAAAAUAGUCCCAUGAAAGUGGGCUGGGGAGAAACAUGUACUGAGCCAGUCAGAGAAGGUGCAACCUGAUCCACCCGGAUUAGAACGGGUGGGGAAGAACAAGAUAUCAAGAAAACCAAGAAACGCAUUACAAAUGUCGUUUGAUGGCUAUUUUUAUCUCAUGUACUUUAUAAAACAAUUAUGCUUUUAUUGCGUCUACCAAAAAUGGCAUUAAAAUGGUCAGGUUCUUCUCAUUGAACCAUAAAGGUGCUAGAUAGUAAAGUAUUUAGAGGGACUGGAUGGGGGGGGGCAGAAACUUGACCUUUUUUUUGGAUGAUCUCUUUAAAAUUUACUAAUUGUUGCUUGUUGUUUUCCGCUGGUUUUAGCACCAGUUAUUCAGGCUUGCAUGUUUGUUUACUGGUCACACCCAGUUAAAAGACCCUGUUUGACCUGCAACUGGAUCCUUGAGUCCCUGGCAUUGGAAAACUACUGGAUUAGGCAUCUGAGGGGUAACACACCCUUGGACACAAACAAUUACAUGAAAGUAAUCCUGGGAUACGAUGAUCCUUCCCAUCAGACAAGGUGGUAGUGUCAGAGGGAUCGCUUCAUUGUCAGAGGUUGAAGAAUACUGAGCCAUCAAUAUGAAUCUAUGUGGUGUGAUCUUUUACAAUGGGCUGAUACAUAAAGACAUUGCAUGCUAUCAGAAACGUAUUUGCUAGAUAUUGCCAUUGUAUCAUUGUAUAACCAUUCUUAUUUGUGGCCAUUAUUUAAGUUCUACAUGGCCUUGAAUUUUUGCUACCACUUUAUAUUUAACUCUUCCUUCUUUGGACCACUAUGGAGAUCACUUGAAAAACAUAGUUCUUUGUCACAUUAUAUGCAAUUUGUUAAUUACAAUUUAAUGAUCUGUAAAUUGUCUCACCAUCAAUAAUGCAGCCAUGAAAAAAUGGCUCGUGUUGCACGCCUGUUAAGUUAUAGGUCUACACGGCCGACCACAUAGUGCUUCAGGCACAUUUUUGGCAUGCUACCAAAUGUGCACCUUAUGCGCCGAAAACAGCACCUGGCACUUGGAACAGCUCAGCAGCAAAAUGGGCAAGACAAAUAAACCUGAGUCAUGUGGUCACCCUGUCUCACUGUGACACUCCCAUUGUAAAUAUUCAUUUACACAUUCUGCUUCGCCUUUAUACUCAUAGUAGUACUACAUUUCCUGCAUGGGCUGGUGACUAACAACCUUAUUGGACAUAUGGGGUUAUUUAGACUAUUUUAUUAUUGCUUUUACGAUAUUCUUUUUUAAUAUAUUAAAAUACUUCUCUUAUCAAGGUACUUCCUGUAACCAAUGGUAACAUUCUCUUGCAUCAUCUACAGCUAGCUCCCUGUUCAACAUGUACAUAGGCCCAAUACGCUUGCAUCAUUUGGGACAAGUAUAUCUAUGGGGCCAGUGUAUAUAUAAUAUAUAAUAUGUAUGUAUAUAUAUAUUAUAUAUCCAAUUUUUUAAAUCACUUUUCUCUGCUUUCUUUGCUCUCAAAAUAAUGAUAAGACAAAACUGGAUCAAUGAAAAUUCACUUUACAGGCAUGUUUUAUAUGUACACGACUUACUUGCACUACCAACUGAUUGCUGGAAUUGCAGUAAACACACUUGGGUCAAACGUUAUCUGGGAAUAAUAUUAUCUUUAUUUUAAUCUGUUUGGAUUAUCAGGUGGACUCAGUGAGCUAUGAGGGCUUUUUUUCAGAGACGUUGAAGUGUCUGAACCAGCAGUAAUGUUACUCUCCCAUAGUGUAAACCCCACCCAACCGUAACUCCUUGUAGAUUAAAAACAUGCUGGAACGAAACGGAGAUUUGCAACAGGGAGUGUUUGCAGUUAGAUUAUCAUUACCACACAAUGGGUCCCAUUCAUUCUGACAUACAUAGAUGAAGAGAAUCCUCCCGGUGUACAUACAAGUACAUGGGGGUGCUUUUAAGGUUCAUUGGUUUAAAUUUGAUGUGAUUAUGGGACCAUUCCCCAGGGUAUUGUGCAGGCUUGUGUCAUUGUGUGUUGAUGUACUCUUGUUUAUUUCCUGCCAAGUACUAGAGGGUGUGUGUGAGUUUAGCAGUUGGACUCAUUUCAGUCCACUGUCAUGUCCAGCAAACUCCACUAUUUCAACGUCAUGUGUAAUAGCUGUAUCAUUUUUUUUGGCUUAAUCUAUGCAACAUGUGUAAUGGCUAAUAUUGAAUAAAACUGUG